CGAAUUAUGUACUUCCGUUUCUCAUGUAAACAAAAAAUGACAGGCAUAAUUUCACAUAAAUUUCUGUUUGAAUUAUUAUGGGAGGAACCUGUAGUGGAUCAUCAAGAAAAGACUUGCCAAAGAAAAUUCUAAUAAUUGGAAAUAGUGGCGGAGGGAAGACCCUUUUACUGUACAGCUGGGUUCUUGGUACAAAUGAUCUUGAUACAGUUCCGACAGACAGCUUUAAUGUGGAGAGGGUCACUUUGGAUGGUAAGGUGUACAUGAUGUGGGACCUGUGUGGGAGGAAGGAUUUUAGACUGAAACGACGACAAUUCUACCAUGGCACAGAUGGUGUUGUUUACGUCAUCGAUACGUCAUCAGACAUAGAAGAUGCCAUUGAUGACUUAACCAAAGUGGCCGUGGAGCGAGAUUUAAAUUCCAUCCCAUUUCUAGUUCUUAUCAAUAAAAGAAAAGAUAUGAACAGUGACUUGGUGCUAAAAGUUGAAAGUACACUGAAAUAUCACCCAGGCUCAUCACAAGUAAUGGUUGUGAAUAUAAUGAACAAGGAGUCUGUUACUACAGCACUGACUCAGCUGGACAAAAUGCUCACAUCGUAGUAACUUCUGUGACAUUGUGAUUGUGAUUGUGAUGAAACCAGUAUUGGCCAACAAGGAUUAUCAUAGAUUCUCCACAUCGGAAAAUUCAAUCAAAAUCAUGCCUGCUUGUCCAUCUAAAACACAUUUCUGUAAAUUCAAAUUUCAUGGCGUAAAGUUAUGAUGUGAAAAUUAUUGUAACAAAAUAAGAAACUACAAGUGCUAGAAAAUCAUGUACGGAAGUUGAAUAUUUAAAGCAUAAAUCCUCUGUGGUGUUUGAAGCGGUUGACUGCUAAAAUGAGUGUGUGGUGAAACGUGUCCAAGUUAACAAUGUGAUAUCAUGAUUGUAUGCAUCACAAUGCAUAAAAUUGACUGUAAUCAUGACUUAAUUAAGUAAAAUUUCUAAAAGAUGACCAAGAAAGAUCAUGAAUAGUAUUAAGCUUAGUGUAUUUAAACACAAAGAAUUUGACCACUAUGUAAUCAGUGUGUAAAAUAAACAUGUGCAGAUAAUAACCUUUAUCAGGCACUGAGUGAGUGCCAUAUACUUUGAACAGUAAAACAAACUUAUAGUGAAGUGCCUGGGGGACGAGCAAUUUUGAUUCGUUACAAAGUUGAACGUAAUUUGCUACAUCCAUUAAGAUUACAAUACCUUUUAAAACCAAGGGAAUUGAAAAUCACUUCAUUUUAAGCGUGAAUUCAUUAUAAGUGUGUUCGCUGUAACUGUGUUUUACUGUAAUUAAAGUUUAGUCUGAUUCAAAUAAUGCAGCAUUUUGAUUUAAAAUUUACAACACAAUCAACACAAUCACUAUGAUAUUUGUACCAAUGAAGAAGCUUUA